CAACUAGGAAAUGAAAAAAAAUUCGUUUCAGAUACAAAACCAAAGAUUGAAUUUUUGCAGUAAAAUCAACCGUCAAAAGAUCUGGUCGGCCAUUAAAAAAUAAAAACAUUCGGAUAAUUGGAUUCACCGACCAUGUCAAUCAAUUGUGAAUAACGUCCAGACUUGUUUUUGUGAAUCCUUAGUACAAUAUUGAAAAUCUGAUUUGAAAACGUCGUGAUCGGCCGCCAUUACACACACACACACGGAAUUUAAAAAAAAAGAGACACACAUAAUUUCCAAAUGAGGUGACCAGAUGCCCGGUGAAGCCCUCGGGGCUUUCAUUUGACAAGAUGUUUAGUUAGCCAUUUUGUGAUUAAUUUAAUAUCUCACCGGAAAAAUAAUGUGUCGAAAUAAUAAUCAAAAGAGAUAAGAGUUGAUAUUUUUCAACGAGUGAAACACACAUUGGAAAAAUAAGAAAGAAAAGAAAGGAGAGCUCUGCUGUUGUUUAACGGUGGUGUAGUGGUGGCGCUGCUCACACACACGUAGACAAGUCCUAUAGACACUGCGGUCUCUCUAUUGCACGUCAGUCAGUCAGUCCGCCUCCUUCGGCCAGAUCAGUCGCAUCCGAAAAUUUCGCCCAAAAUUUGUUUGUUUUUUCUCUUUCUCUGCGCAACCGAUUGUCUUUUGUUUUUCGUCAUCUGUUUCGUUUAUUAAACAGAAACCCCCAAAAUAAGUUUGUCCCAACGUGAAUCGCGUGUCGUGAACUCAGAAAUUGUUUUUUUUUUGUUACUUUUAUCUUUUUGAUUGUCAAAAGAAAAGAUAAAUUAGACAGUUGAUCAAAUAAAGUCGCCAAUGCCUUUAUCAGUCGCAAUGCCGUGCGGAUUCGAAGAAAAUCUGAUGGAUUUCGAAUGCAGUGGUGGUGGUGGAGUGGCGGGAAGUUGGGGGUCUGGCGGCCACACAGUGACGGACUUUGACCAUCCCGACCCGCUCCUGAUGGUCUCCCUCAACCCAAAAGAUCAUCACAGCAACGACGGAAUAGGAGCAAUUGCAGGAUCGAAAACGGAUUUGUCGUCUAGUUGGUGUCGGAACAGUAACAGCCGGUCGUCAUCCAUGAGCGGAUUAGCCGGAAGCGGAUCAUCAUCAACACCAGGCAACAACAGUAGUUGUAACACUAGUACAACUACUACCAGCAGCAAUAGUAGCACUUGCAACAGCAGUGGCGGAUUGAGUUCAUCGUCCUACUGCCGCCGGCUGGGCUCGGCAUCCAACAGCAGCCGACGCAGCGCCACAUUUCAACUGUGGAGUCCGCGCUUGAGGCUGCGGGACGAGCGCAAACGCGUCCUGAAAUUGUCGCUGGCCAAAUUGAGGCGGAUCGACGAUGCGGAAUCGUGUCUCAGACGGUCCGUCUUGCUCAACAACACGUUGAGGCGGUUGCAGCGCGACGCCAGAGACGAGAAAUCCGGCGGCGGACAGAACAACAACCACGUCAUUUCGUCGGCCGGUGAAAACGACUGCAGCAGUCGACUCCACCAACAACAUCCGGCCGUGAGACUGUCGUCGUCGUCGUCGGAAGAAGAUAACAACAACCAUCAGGCGGAAUUGCAGACGAUGCGGUCGCUGCUGAGCUGCGACGAGUUGCCGCUGUUGAAUUCCGGAUCGUCGAUGGCCGGCGGAGAUUUGUCGAUGGUGGAAAACGGUGGAAGCCAAUCACGGGGGCCGGCCGGAUCCAUCAAGCGACGGCGGACGUCGUCUGACGUCACGGACGAUUUGGCGGCCUCGCUGGCCGCCGCCGGAUCGUCGUCUUCAUCGCUGGACUCGUCGUGCGGCGGAUUGAAUUUUGGCGAUUUGUAUCUGCCGCCCACGCCGCGCAUGAUCUCGUCGCUCGAGGACGAGGAAGAGGCCGCCGAGGCGUGGCAGUGCGUCAAGAGGCCAAAGAUCAGCAACAGCACUGCCGGAAGUGACGUCAGUGGGCGGAACCGACCCGCUUUACGUCCGUGUAACUCUUUACCGUCACUGACGACGUCAUCAUCAUCAUCCAACACCGCAACUAGUUCUUCUUCUUCUUCAUCAUCUAAUCAAAAUAAUUCGCCCAUUCUCACCGGAUAUACUUCGUGUUUGACUUCCGGACUCUCCCUCAUCAACGGAUCCAACUCUUCCUCGUCGGCAGCCGCCGCUGCAGCCGCCGCCGCCGCUGCCGCCCAGCAGUCUACCUACUCGUGCGGCCAGUCUUCGCUCUUUGGAGAACUUCAGUCGGUCGUCUUCCAUUCACUCAUCACAUCAUUAGAAUCGUAAAAACAAAAUCUUACAAAAAAAUUUUUUUUUUCAUCCGCCCGGAAUUUUUUUUUCAUCCGCCCGGAAUUUUUUUUUUCAUCCGCCCGGAAUGAAAAAAAAAAUUCACUCUGUAAAACCGCCGUUGUGUGUCUUUAUUGACCGCCAUCAUCAUAUGAUACCCGUGUCCUUUCUCUCUCUCUUUACUCUCUAUUCUCCCCCUCCUCUUCUUCCCAUUCUUCCGGUUAUUGAUUCCGGUUUCCCCCUUUCUCUCUCUGGCCCUACCCCAUUCAUUUUACGUUCGAAGAGGGGAGGGGAGUAAGGAAAGUAAGUGAAGGGGGAAGUAGAAGAAGAUCAUUCGCACUUUUUCUGGUGGAAGGUGUGUAUGUGUGUGUGCCAUCCAUCGUUAAAAAACAAAAAAAAAGAUCCGGAAUGUGUGUGUAGAAACAAAAAUGCCAGUUCUUAACGCCGGAAUUCCGGAAUCCGCGCACACUGUGCCAUCAUUUUUGUUUUUUAAUGACUAGCUCGGAAUUCCGGCCAUUUCUCUCCAUUGAUUGGAUGUGUUUAUCUUCUAUCCUUGUAAAUAAAACACACACACACAUACGUUAUUAUUCUAAUAAUCUCUCCUUAAAUGAAAAUUACAAAAAAAAAUUUAAAAUUUAAAUUUUCUCUCUCAUCACACGUGAAUAGAAAAGAGACAAAUCGAUUCUGUGACCAUUUUUUCGAAGCCAUUGUACAUUAAAUAGCGCCGCCGCACUCUUGACCCAAUUCAAAUUCUGUUUUUUUGUUUUCUUUCGGUUUGAAAUUUCUUUUUCGUCUCUUCUUAUCGACUCACUCUAAAAUAUUCCAACCGCACGAUCCUAUAGAAUCAAUCAAAGGGGAAAUGUAAUAAUAAUUCUAAAUUGAUGAGAGAGAGAAAAUUCAACAACGACCUGUAUAGCAAAAGUCACUUUUUUUGUUUUUUUGAAAAGUUCCCGCCUAAUUUGUUUUUUCACACGAAACACAAAAUUUUUUUGAAUUAGAAAAAUGUCCUGAAUUUUUUUUUUAUAUGUUUAUUGAUUUCGGGAGUUUAUCGCACCGUUCGUCACGGAACAAUUCCACGUGCACACGUACACAAAAAAAAUCGCCAUUUUCUUUAUAAAAUAAAAUAAAAAUAAAAAAUAAAAAUAAAUUGUUUCACCGGAGGGGGGAGUGGAAAAAGGAGGAAAGAAAAGAAGAAGAAAAAAAAAGGUUCGACCGUCGUAAAUUGGCGUGAAAGUUUCGCCCAAUUUCCACUACCACCCUCUCACAAUUGACACAUUGUGUAUUUCUAUUUGUUAUUAUACACGCGGGUUGGGAUGAAUUAUCGUUUGUUUCUUUUGUUUUAAUUCCUUCUGGGUAGAUACGAAAAUUAAA